ACUUUCAGUGUUGUAAUUGCAGGGUGGCUAUUAGAAAUGUCAAAGACAUUGUUUUAUGCUGUCAUGUUGUUCUGCUUGCAACCUGUUGAUGCAGUGAAGUCAGUUUCAGUGAUGGAGGGAGAUUCAGUCACUCUAAAUUCUAGUCUUACUGAAAUAAAUGAUGAUCUGAUUCUAUGGAGGUUUGGAAUGAAAAACACUUUAAUAGCUGAAAUCAAUUUACCUGCUGACAGCAUCACUAUAUAUGAUGAUGUUCUUGAUGGGAGAUUCAGAGACAGACUGAGCCUGGAUGACCAAAAUGGAUCUCUGACCAUCACAAACAUCACAACUGAACAUGCUGGACUCUAUAAACUACUGACUGCUGUGAGCAAGAAUUUCAGUCUUACCGUCUAUGCUCGUCUGCCUGUUCCUGUCAUCAACAGUAACUCUUCAAACUGUUCAUCAUCAUCACAGCAGAAUUGUUCAUUGUUGUGUUCAGUGGUGAAUGUGGGUCAUGUGAGUCUCUCCUGGUACAAAGGAAACAGUUUAUUGUCCAGCAUCAGUGUGUCUGAUCUCAGCAUCAGUCUCUCUCUACCUCUGGAGGUGGAAUAUCAGGAUAAAAACACCUACAGCUGUGUGAUCAACAAUCCCAUCAGCAACCAGACUCAACAUCUGGACAUCAGCAAACUCUGUCACACAUGUGCAGACAGUGCAACACAGUUUCCUCCUUCUCUGAUAGUGUUGAUGUUUGCUGUUGUUGGAUCUCUGUUGAUUGUAGCAGCAGUUGGGAUCUUCUGCAUCUGCAGGAAACACAGGAAAACAGAUCAAAAAGUUCAGGGUUGUGAAGAGGAGAUCACUUACGCUGAUCCAACAUUCUACAAAAGAAAAGCACAGAAACCAAACGUUAAAGAAGAGCAGGAUGUAGUGUACGCAGGUGUCGUCACUAGAAGAUGAUCAAUCUUCAGUCAGCUGUACCAGAUCCAUCUGAGCGAUCGUUUCACUAGGAAGUUUCUGCAACACUCUGCAGAGUCUAUGAUUGAGUUUUGGGAAGCAACAAAUGCAAAAAAAAUAAAUAAAUAAAUAAAA